AUGACUAAACCAUGUGAAACAGCACUUGAAGACUGCGGUAGCACGGCGUCUAUAAUGACUAAACCUUGUGAAACAGCACUUGAAGACUGCGGUAGCACGGCGUCUAUAAUGACUAAACCUUGUGAAACAGCACUUGAAGACUGCGGUAGCACGGCGUCUAUAAUGACUAAACCUUGUGAAACAGCACUUGAAGACUGCGGUAGCACGGCGUCUAUAAUGACUAAACCUUGUGAAACAGCACUUGAAGACUGCGGUAGCACGGCGUCUAUAAUGACUAAACCUUGUGAAACAGCACUUGAAGACUGCGGUAGCACGGCGUCUAUAAUGACUAAACCUUGUGAAACAGCACUUGAAGACUGCGGUAGCACGGCGUCUAUAAUGACUAAACCUUGUGAAACAGCACUUGAAGACUGCGGUAGCACGGCGUCUAUAAUGACUAAACCUUGUGAAACAGCACUUGAAGACUGCGGUAGCACGGCGUCUAUAAUGACUAAACCUUGUGAAACAGCACUUGAAGACUGCGGUAGCACGGCGUCUAUAAUGACUAAACCUUGUGAAACAGCACUUGAAGACUGCGGUAGCACGGCGUCUAUAAUGACUAAACCUUGUGAAACAGCACUUGAAGACUGCGGUAGCACGGCGUCUAUAAUGACUAAACCUUGUGAAACAGCACUUGAAGACUGCGGUAGCACGGCGUCUAUAAUGACUAAACCUUGUGAAACAGCACUUGAAGACUGCGGUAGCACGGCGUCUAUAAUGACUAAACCUUGUGAAACAGCACUUGAAGACUGCGGUAGCACGGCGUCUAUAAUGACUAAACCUUGUGAAACAGCACUUGAAGACUGCGGUAGCACGGCGUCUAUAAUGACUAAACCUUGUGAAACAGCACUUGAAGACUGCGGUAGCACGGCGUCUAUAAUGACUAAACCUUGUGAAACAGCACUUGAAGACUGCGGUAGCACGGCGUCUAUAAUGACUAAACCUUGUGAAACAGCACUUGAAGACUGCGGUAGCACGGCGUCUAUAAUGACUAAACCUUGUGAAACAGCACUUGAAGACUGCGGUAGCACGGCGUCUAUAAUGACUAAACCUUGUGAAACAGCACUUGAAGACUGCGGUAGCACGGCGUCUAUAAUGACUAAACCUUGUGAAACAGCACUUGAAGACUGCGGUAGCACGGCGUCUAUAAUGACUAAACCUUGUGAAACAGCACUUGAAGACUGCGGUAGCACGGCGUCUAUAAUGACUAAACCUUGUGAAACAGCACUUGAAGACUGCGGUAGCACGGCGUCUAUAAUGACUAAACCUUGUGAAACAGCACUUGAAGACUGCGGUAGCACGGCGUCUAUAAUGACUAAACCUUGUGAAACAGCACUUGAAGACUGCGGUAGCACGGCGUCUAUAAUGACUAAACCUUGUGAAACAGCACUUGAAGACUACGGUAGCACGGCGUCUAUAAUGACUAAACCUUGUGAAACAGCACUUGAAGACUGCGGUAGCACGGCGUCUAUAAUGACUAAACCUUGUGAAACAGCACUUGAAGACUGCACACGCGGGAACCGUUCGAAACUAGUCGCCAAUCGUGUAGUAAGCAAGUAA